AUGUGUCUUCCUCUUCUUCCUCUUCCUCAACCUUCCCCUAUUCUUCUUCUUCUUCUUCCUCUUCCUCACCUUCAUUCUGUAACAACAUCAUCACCAUCCUCUUCUCCCUCUUUUGAUAUAUUUGUAUCACACCGAAACAAAAAUGUAACUUCUGAAGAUGGUUCAAAAUCUAAAGAUUUUGAAGAUGAGGCAGAGUCAGAAGGAGACUCUGAAGACAAGUUAGAGUCAAAAGAUGAUUCUGAUUUUAAAGGUGAAUCUGAUUCUGAUCCCGAUUCUGAUGAUGAUCCAGAAUCUGAUUCUGAAGGCGACUCUGAAGGUGACACUGACAAAGAUUGUGGAAGUGAUCCAGAUUCUGAAGGUGGUCCAAACUUUGAUGGUCAAAAUUUUGGAGGUGAUCAUGUUUCUGAAGGUAGUGUUUCUGGAGGAGGCCCAGAAGCUAACACUGUUCCAAGUUCUGUAGAAUAUUCAGAACAAGUUCAGAGACCACAAAGAAUAAGACAAAUACCUAGACGAUUUGUAGAGUUUGACAUGUUACGAGAUACUAAAAUAGACUCUGAAGGUGAAUUCAUCCAGUGUGCCAUGUUAGUAGAAUAUGAACUUGUGAAUACAGAAAAGCACUCAAGAAAGAAAUCUGAAGAAUUUAAGGCUAUAGAAAGGAGUAAGAGUUGGGAGUUUACUAAGCUUCCAAAGGAGAAGAAAGUCAUAAGCGUUAGAAUGGUUUUCAAAAUAAAGUUGAAGCUAGAUAGAUCAAUUGGCAAACAUAAAACAAGUUUAGUAGCUAGAGGUUUCUUCAAAAAUGUGUUUUAG